AUGAGCCGGCCAACAGCUGCUCCCGUCAACCCUCCUUCACGGCUGGCUGGAAGCGCCCACGAAGGCAUACCCGUCACGUCCCCACGAUCAUUACGCCAACUUUCGAUAUACUUCCUCGGAAGCGCCUGUUUACUAGCAUCGACCGCAAUAACGCGAAAGGCUGUAUGGAGGAGGCAGCUCCGUGUCAUGCCAAAGUUUUAUGAAGCGAACACGAACCCGCACGAAUACUUUAGUCCCUUCUCCGAUGCCUGCCAGGCUCUAAACUUGGCCACAAUGAACUGCGCCAGCGUCGGAAUCAUGGCACUGGGUGGCGCAAUGUGGACCUUCGACAUUGCCAACCUGAAAGAAGCUAGGGCAGUUCUACGGGGCCGCUUGAAUUACGACCGAAUAUACGAAUCUGAAGAUGAUGUACCGAAUAGCAUCAGCGAAAUGAUAGUAGCAUCUGGACAGAUGCGGAUAAUAGAGGAGGACGAGAAAAAUGAAUCCGAGAAGAACCAAUAA